UGGGACCGAGCCACAUCGUGUUCGCAAGCGCUGCGCCGAGUUGGGCGGGAUUCAAGACGCCACCAAGUUUUAUAUUUUUAACGAAAUGUUUUGAAUUAAUAAUUUAUCGUAUCUAUAUAUAAAGGCAGUAAGAAAAACCCCAGGGUGCUUGAAUAGCCUGCUUUCGGAAACACGGUGUUGUUGAAUUGUUUAAAAAUCGCCCACAGUGUAAACAGAGAAUUUGGCAUCUACCUGCGUUUAAACCUGAAUAAACGCUAAACAAAGCGAACGCGGAAAAACAUCUCUGUAACAUUAUUCCUUUGAUCAUUGUCUAACGCGGCUACCAUGGAGACGAGCGCGUGCUGGCGGAAACACUGUCACCACUAGAGCGCUGCCUUUUGUUCAGAGGAGUUUGUGUUGGAUUCUGUCACAGUGUCGGUGUUUCUGAGCAGGGAUAAUGGCACCUCACAAGCCCGGCUCGGAUCCCUACAGAUCCGCAAAAACACACGCCAGCAGCCUGGGCAUGAGCGCUGCCAGGAGACCCAGAAUGGAGCAUCUCCAAGCGGAUCACGAGCUCUUCUUACAGGCCUUCGAGAAACCAACUCAGAUAUACCGAUUCCUUAGAACGAGGAACCUCAUUGCUCCCAUUUUUCUGCACAGGACCCUCACGUACAUGUCCCACCGCAACUCACGAACUAGCGGCAAAAGGAAACAAUUCAGUGUGGAAGAUCUGCUCUUCAAGGUGGAGAGGAUGAAGACUGAGCAAGAGGCACACAACUUGGCGUCACACCUGCAGCUCACCUUCACUGGAUUCUUCCAUAAAGUUGAUAAGACACAGAACUGUGAAAAUGAGGAGAGCUCUGUUUCACUGGAGGUGUUACUCAUUAAAGUGUGUCAUAAGAAGAGGAAGGAUGUGAGUUGCCCCAUAAAACAGGUGCCUACUGGGAAGAAACAGGUGCCGUUGAACCCGCGAGUAAAGACGGGGACGUGGCCGACCAUCACGGUGACCAAUCAGGAGUUUGAGCCCAGUAACAGCCACAUGGUGAAAUCUUACUCACUGCUCUUCAGGGUCACAUGUUCUGCAGGGAGGGAGAUCAGCACCCGAGACAACAACGUUGAUGAGAUACCUGGCAGGAAGAAGCGUUACUCUUCUCACCAAGAUGACGGAGAGACAACAUUUGUAGCACAGAUGACCGUGUUUGAUAAGAACAGGCGUCUGCAGUUGCUGGACGGUGAAUACGAGGUGUCAAUGCAAGAGAUGGAGGAGUGUCCCGUCAGCAAGAAACGAGCCACGUGGGAAACCAUUGUGGAUGGGAAGUGGGUUCCUCCGUUCGACACGUUCUCUCACGGCCCGACUUUGCAGUUCACGCUCCGCUGGACAGGCGAGGAAAGUGACCUCACGACGCCGCCGGUGACUCGACCGCUCGCUACACGCAACACACACACUGGCGGCAGCGAGAACCAGAGGACUAACACACCUAAACCGUCACAAACAGUAGCAGUUAAAGAUCCUGUAAGCUCAGAUGCACUGUUGCGGAAAGAGCAGCUUCAUGUUGAGCCUCGGCAGAAACUCCGUGUUUAUUAUCAGUUCUUGUAUAACAAUAACACGCGGCAGCAGACGGAGGCUCGAGAUGACCUGCACUGUCCCUGGUGUACGCUUAACUGCCGCAAACUUUACAGCCUCCUCAAACACCUCAAACUGUCUCACAGCCGCUUCAUCUUCAACUACGUGGAUCACCCUAAAGGAGCUCAGAUUGACGUGUCAGUGAACGAGUGUUACGAUGGAUCCUAUGUUGGAAAUCCUCACGACCUGCACUGCCAGCCAGGCUUCGCCUUCAGUCGCAACGGCCCUGUUAAACGCACCUGUGUCACACACAUCCUUGUAUGCAGGCCAAGGCGCACAAAGCCGAGUCUCUCCGAGUUCUCCGAGUGUGACGAGGUUCCACUGGAGCAGAGGAGGCCUCUAGUGAGUGGCCAUAACCGCCUUUACUUCCACAGUGACAGCUGCACGCCUCUGCGUCCUCACGAGAUGGAGGUGGACAGUGAGGACGAGAAAGACCCUGAGUGGCUGAGGGAGAAAACGGUCAUGCAAAUCGAUGAGUUUACUGAUGUCAACGAAGGGGAGAAGGAGGUGAUGAAACUGUGGAACCUUCAUGUUAUGAAACAUGGAUUUAUAGCUGAUAAUCAGAUGACUCAGGCCUGCAUGCUGUUUGUGGAGAACUUCGGCUCUGUGCUCGUGGAGAAGAGCCUGUGCCGCAACUUCCUGCUGCAUUUGGUCAGCAUGCACGACUUCGGGCUGGUGAGCACACAGACCAUCGACAGGGCCAUGGCUCGCCUGCGCCAGUGUAAACCGGCGGGGAAUAACAACAACGCAGAACUGGCAGUGGAACACGCCUGAAACCUGGCAGGACAAAAACUUUAGAUAAACUUUCUCAGACCACAAAACCUGCCAGACCUCUGGAUGCCAGAUCAUUAGUUUUAACAGAUCCGCUGAUUCAUUGGAGAUAAAGAACAACGCCGUGCUUUGAAAUAAACAUGGGUGCUAUUUUUGUACCUUUUUCUUUUUUUUUUUUUUUUUGGGGCGCCAAUUUUUUGAUGGAAAUAUUUUUAAUAUAUUUUAAACAGCGUGACAAGUGGGGGUAAGACCUGGCCAAUUUGGCGACUUUUAUUAUUAUUAGUUUUUUUGUUAGCUGUUUUGUAUAAUUAUUUUGUCUGAUGCUAUUGAAACUGUGUGUACGUUGUGCGAUGUGACAAAAAAUUGUCCUGGUAGUAAAUCCGGGGUUCAACAAGGGAUGGGCUUGUGUUAAAUUCGCUUACAUAUCAUGAUGUUGCCUCUUUUUAGCUCAGUGUCCAGAUGAGCAUCAAAUCCUGCUGUGUAGUAAACUAUAUAAAAGGAGCAAACUGACUACCUGAACACAACACUGCACAAACAUUAGUAGCAUGUUGAGUACCUAGCUAGCGACUUUGCACAGUAGCUAGCAAUAGACAAAAUCACUAGCAUGCUCGCUAGUGGGAAAGUCUUUCUGCCUAGCUGGAGGUUGAGCCAAAGAUGUAAACAGGAAUUUAGUGAAGAAGUCAUGAUCUAGCUUUGUAAUUGGCAAAUUUAGUUCAAGCCCCAUCCUUGAUGAUCGGUCAAUACAUCACAAACAAAAUUAAAUUUUUGGGAAAAUUGGAAGACGUGUGGGUGUGGGUGGGUGUGUGUGUGUGUGUGUGUGUGUGUGUGUGUGUGUGUGUGUGUGUGUGUGCUGGAGUGAGGGGUCUUGUUUAACUGAUUAAUAAAUGAAUAAAUACAAUGUGAACAGGGGCAUCAUUUCCUAAUAGUCCGAAUAGUUACGUUUGACAAAUGUUGUGGCUUUUUUAUUUGAAAGGAUGUUGCUACUGGUUGAUAAUUUGCUUUCUGUGAUUGCUAAAGAAAUGUGAGAGAAGCUCAUCAUAAUUCAGGGUAAUGCAAAAAAAAAGUGGUCGUCUCCCUGUAGUGGUGUCCGAGCUGGAGGUCUGCAUCAGGACCUGAACAAAAUCUUAUGAAGCUUCCACAGUAAACAAUGUUGUUGUUUUUUUUCUUCAACACUGUGAAGUAUAGGAUUUUAACCAGCGUCCUGACCUGCAGCAGGCUAAAAUAUUGAGCUGUUGAACAUUUCAUAUGAGGUACAUGUUUAAAAUCAGGCAGGUGUUGCACAUGCGUAGUACAAGUCAAAGAUGUGGCACAGAAAGACUGAUUGAUUUGUUUUACUUUUUAAUCAUGGAGUUGGUAAAUCUCUUACCCUUGACCUAGACAUGUCUGUUAGUCAGUUCAAAAGAGGAGGAUGUAUUCUCGGUUCUCUUGUAAAUGACUGACUUAGCUUGUUAAUUAACACAUUCUCACACCACACUGUGGUUACAAGGUGCUGAAACUGAAGUGUGAAUGUCUGUAACUGUUGCACUGAAACCAAGUGGUACAUAACUGGGCAUGUGCCGGUAAUCGAUACACCUUAUAAUCAUAUAAUCUAUGAUGCCGUGAAAUAUCUGCAUGAACUCUCUCUCUCGCUUUCCGUUUGGAGUAUAUUUUCCUUUUUUGUGCUGUCAUUGGCUAGCUUUUUUCUAACUGACCUACCUAGCUAGGUAGGAGUCAUAUAUGCGGUCUGUCAGCAUUGCGUUAUAGGAGUUAGUUAAACGUAACUACACCUUUCAUCCUUUUACCCUUCUCACCAGUUCCUAGCUUGAAUACCAAAUAAGAGUUAGCGCUUGUUGCAAAAAAAUAAAUAAAUAAAACAGCACAAGUUCACUUGCUAGGUCUCGGUUUCAAGUUGCUAAUUGUGACCAAUUUUUUCACACGCUCUAAUUAGCUUAACGGUGUAGGAUUUUAAACUGAGAUGAUGAGCGCUAAUGAAUGCUAGUUACUUGGCUGCACUUUCUGGUAGUCUAGCAUUUAAAGAUGUUGGGCAUCUAUCACAACCAUACCUGGUGAAUAACACCAUUUAGAAUUGUUCUCCAGUUAGAGUUGCUCAGCUAGCACAAGUACAGCUUUUUGUUGAAAAUUUAAGUCUACUUGAAGGUGGUGUUCUGAGGUAAAAAUGAAGGCUGGCCAGUAAUAAUAAUGGCUAAAGCUAAACAUUUUGAUACGACAAUUAAAUAUCGGCACAUGCCUAAAGCGCGUGUGCGUGCGCGCGCACACACACACCUGUACAUAUAUACAUACAGUACAGGGUAACACAGCCUUGUGAGCAGGGGGACACCUUGUAGAAAUGUUUACACUUGGUUAAUAAGUACUUUAUGCAGGAUGCAGUCUUUGUGUGGAUAUUUUAGUCGUGUGGGGUGGUUUUUUUUUUGUUUUGUUUUUUAACAAAUUAGGAAUGCACUGAUACAUAUUAUUUUUAUUUUAUUAUUUUUAAGUUUGAUGCUCGUUUCUGCACAUUUAAAUUGAGUGGCAAUAGUGUAGCAUAAAUACAGGACUUGCUUAAACUGUUGUUUAUGCCCUAUUAUAGUUACAUUCCAGUAUGUGUAAUGUGUGCGCAUCAUGAGAAGCACAGAUCUGUUGAAACAUGGAAAAGUCCUAGCCAAUGACAGCUAGAGGUAAACAUCAUAUCACUGUAGCAUGCAAGAAAAUGAAGAGUGGAUCAGAUCAGAUCCUGUCCGAUGUCUUUGUUCCAUGUCAGAUCAGUGCAUCUGUAGUGAGAAGUGCAGGGUUUUUUUUUUGUUUUUGUUUUUUUCUAUUUCUGUUUUAAAUAGCAGUUUGUUUUUCUUUCCUGCUGAUUGUUUUGAUUUGUUUCCAAUGUAUUUGUGUUGUUUUACUUUGCUUUAACCAAAAUGCAGUGAUGCGCAGGUGCUGUUAAUCAGGUCGACGAUACAAUCACAAUAUUCUGUGACAAUACAUGUACAAUCUAAAUAUUCUUUCCAAUUGUCUUAAAAAAUCCUUAUUUUGGAUCAAUUUCAAGCCUAGUUUUUAGCAGAGAAGGCUGUUCCGUAUUUUACUUUAGACUGAAAAAAAACACAGACUCGAUGCUCCUGGUGCAGUUAAACUAGUGAUCAUUUCACAAACCCUGAUACAUUUGGAAUCUUGUAUGAUCUUAAGUAAACUCUGCCCACAAAGGAAGCAUUUUCAGAACAUGCAUACAAGACAGACAACAAGACCCAUGUGAUCUUAAUUUUAUUUUGUUUUUAAUUACAGUUUUUUAAAUGUUCAUGCUGUGUUCAAAAAAAUUCUUACUGCUAUAAUUAACAUAAGCACAGGAGCUCUCCAGUUUAGUGCACGCUAAAUAUCACUAUUUUGUUGUGGAGCUGAUUAGCGGCACAUAGCUCUACUGUACACUUGGGGAACAGAUGCAAAAAGUAAAUAAAAAAGGAUUAUAUCUCAUGAGAAGGAUGAGGUUUUUUCGAUGAUGUCGACUUCAUAUACCAAAGGGAGCGAAGCUACUGUAGUUCUUUGAAAUGCUUUGCAUCCAUUUUUGAAGCUUUGGCUUUACUUUUUUUUUUUGCUGGAUCUGUGCAGGAGUUCUUAAGUUCUGGACUGUAACUUGACCAGUUAAAAACAUUUUUCAGACAAGUGUUGUUUGCACAAGAUACAGUUGGCCAUGGGGGGAUGUAUAAAGAGCCAGCUUGUUGGUGCUUUAGUUCAAAAAGAGUUGUUUUGUUUUCUAUUUAAAAAAAAAAUAAAGGAUUUUUUCAUUGCCAAUAA